AUGACCCUGGUCAAGAUCCGGCGCGAUUCUUUAGUGCAUGCGUAUGCUAUGGAGCUGUUCUCCCUCUUCAUCUUUGCCCUAGCGGGUCAUAUCAGGGAAGUCAGAGGGACAACAACCAGACUGACGCCCCAUGGACAAACCACAGCAAGCAAUCAAAAUGGUGGAAACGGCCGGAGUGAGCCAGGGAAAGCCAAUACGACAACACCCAGACAGUUCGAGAAUUCGUUAUUUGAAGCAUUGGCCAAAAUUGCUGUGGACACCGGAAUUUGCCCGACUCAAGAAGACGCCAGGCUGCUUGUCAUUCCCGCGUUUGCUUGGUAUGGAUUGCUUCCCGAGCCUGAAGACCCUUCCGCGAUGAAGACCGAUGGACAGCCAGUGGAAGAUUUGCCGAACCCGCGGACCGACGUAGAGGAACAGGACAGCUGUGAGGGGGAAAGGGGAUCGACCAUGCGGUCGAAUAUGGAGCUCAACAUGGAACCUAUCCGGCAGGAAGGCCCGAAGCAGAAUAUUGGUGCGGCAGAUCAAAUUGAAGAGGGCGACUCAGGGCAGAGGUCGGAUGAAACCUCACCUACGUGA